AGGUUCAUGCAGUCGUCAUAUUCAUUCGCCGUUCGCGAGAAUCAGCCGACACAUACGGAGGUAGGCGCGGUGUCGGCCAUUGAUUCUGACAGUGGUGCUUUUGGGGAUGUAACAUACUCCAUUGUAGAAUUGUUCAAAAAAUCAUCUCCAUCUCAAAGCAAUGAUGACUUAUUUGGAAUCGAUCCCAAAACAGGUUCGAUUUUUACCGUUCGUCAUUUAGACCGGGAAGAACAAGCGAUGCAUCACUUGAAAAUAAUUGCCAGCGAUGGCGGAGAACCUUCCCGAUCCGGUUUUUGCUACGUCACAAUACACGUAGCCGACGAAAACGACAAUGCUCCGAUAUUUGAA